UUAGCCGAUAUUGUAGAUAAUGGAUUAGUGGGUGAGCCAGUUAUAGAAUGUGGCAGUGAAAGUUUGAACGUACGAUUUACGACUCGGUCACCGUUUGAAGGACAUAUUUACGUCAAAGGACAUUAUUGGUCGGAAGGUUGCCGUUCUGACGCAUCAUUGGAGAGGACGGCAAACUUGACAGUUGCAUUUGCAGAAUGUGAUGUACUACGACAACGAUCGAGUUCUCCACGUGGACUUUUGCUAGCGUCGACAAUUAUCAUCUCUUUUCAUCCGAUGUUCGUGACAAAAGUCGACAAAUCGUAUCGAGUUCAAUGUUUCUACGCAGAAACAGCGAAGACGGUCACUCAAAACUUGAACGUCAGCGAAGGAAACGACAUGCAGAAGAACGUGCUGGUAAUCAUCGGUGAUCAAGACGCGGCACCAAGCGAAGGACGAUCGUCAAAUGUUCUUCACGACGUUGCCCAUAAACUGGCCGAUGAAACGCUUACGUCUACCGUACCACUACCAGAAUGUCGGUACCAGCGCGAUUCGAUUGCACAGGUUCGGAAAGUGUUUGCGUUGGAUAUUACUGAUGAGAUCUUCAAUGUUUGA